CUAGCCUACUGUAGGCUAUAAGCCUAAAGUGCUUGGAGAAAACUAUUCCGUAGAAGGGAAAAAUAAACUGUUUUAGAUUGUGCAGCCAACCAUCUCUGCUCCAACCCUCAGGAUUUAAGUGAUAUAUUUACGCAUGCGCAACGUGAAAGCGUCAGCUGCUGCACGAGUGCCCUCUUGCACUGUCCCUUGGACAUUGUGCACAGAGUUGUAAAUAUCCUACUCUAUGUCUCAAAUUAAUCAAGCAACCAAGUAGAGACAGAGAAACGUUCUAGGUCCAAGAUUACUUAGUACGAAAGGCAGUUUAUCUGGUUUAUAGGGACCACUGCAGAGCUCUCCUACGUUACACAAGCCUUGGAAAGGAUGUUCUUGGUGGGACUGACGGGGGGCAUCGCCUCAGGGAAGAGCAGCGUAUCCUCCAUGCUCAGAGAGCUCGGAUGCCCCAUCAUCGACGCAGACGUGGUGGCCAGGCAAGUGGUGGAGCCGCACAGCAAGGCCUACGUGGCGAUCGUGCGGCACUUUGGGCGCGAGGUGCUCCGUGAGAGCGGGGAGAUCGACCGUGCCAAGCUCGGACAGAUCAUCUUCGCCGACGAACAGAAGAGAAGGCUGCUCAACUCUAUCACACACCCCGAGAUCCACAAGGCCAUGCUCAGACAGAUACUCCUGUACUUCAUCAAAGGUUACCGAUAUGUAGUUCUAGACGUACCACUGCUCUUCGAGACGAGGAAACUAACCAGAUUUCUCAACCACACCGUCGUUGUCUACUGUGACCCCGCCACGCAGCUCACCCGCCUGAUGCAGCGCGACGGCCUGACUCAGGAGCAGGGCGAGCAGCGCGUGGCCGCCCAGAUGCCUCUGAAGGAGAAGCGUGGGCUGGCCAACCACGUGAUCGAGAACUCGGCCGGCCGCGAGGAGACGCAACGGCAGGUGCUGCGCCUGCACACGCUGCUGGAGGACUCCACCGAGUUCCUGCUGGUGCGCGUGGUCGCCAUGGCAGCCGCCGCGGGGCUCGGAGGACUCCUGCUCUACACCAUCAAGUGGCUGGUCUCCUAGCAACGGGGAGAUGCUCAGAGGAGGCCUCCUGACCAGGAACAGGGGAUGCUGGGAGGAGGCCUCCUUACUCGCAACAGUUUCCUAUGGGGAGGAAGGGAGGUGGGGGACGGAGGUGAUGAUGCUAAGGGGAGAUCUCCUUCCUAGCUACGGGAUGCUGAGAGGAGGCCUCCCUAGCAACGGGGAUGCUAAGAGGUGGUUUCCUAGUAACGGUGGAGGAACUGGGAUGGGCGAAGGAGGUCACCCUGGCAAUGGGGCAGGAACAAAUUGGGAUGGAGGAAGUGAUGCUGAUGGGAGGUCUCCUAGCAAUGCAGUGGUGGGGAGUGAUGAUGAUGAUGGCAGUGGCUGGUGCUGAAGGGAGGAGGUGGGGCUGUUAUUAAGAGACUCAGGGUUCCAGGGUGGAACAUCAAGGUUACCACGGCAAUGAUUGUGAUGUCACAGAGCACAUGCACACGACAAACGGGCAUCGAUGAGAAGCUUGAUAUUUUGAAGAUUUUUAUUUUUGGCUCCCCUUACUCCCUUACAUUUUCUUUUUAACACAAAGACAUUUUAAUGAGAGAUUAUUAAAUUACAGGGACCCCGUCACUUUGUAAAUGAAGUCACAUUGCUGGAUAUUUUGGAUAUACUGUAUGAUUGUGUGUGUGUGUGUGUGUGUGUGUGUGUGUGUGUGUGUGUGUGUGUGUGUGUGUGUGUGUGUGCGUGUGUGCGUGCGUGCGUGCUUUUGAAGUGCUUCAUAACAACUGACUUAUGUAUAAUUUGGCAUUGCACUGUAACACCCUCACUUUAAGGUAGCAGAGAUCAGUAGCAGUACUUUUAUUUUUAGCAAAGAAAAAAAUGUGAAUAAGCCUAACAGGCACAGUGCAUUACAUUCAAUGAAACUGCUGCUACCUUACAGUUUAUGUUUAAGGAAGAACACAAGAAUGUAUGUGUUACGAUAUCACUUUGUCUUCUUUGGAAUAAAUAGGAUGCACUCGCUGUGGUCACAGUUGUUUUACAAAA